AUGUCAGCCGCAAGUUCCAGCGACGUCGACAUCUCCGUCGAGAUGAGCUCCUGCGAGGAGGCGUGCAUCCUCGACCAGGAGCUCAAGACCUUCGACGUCCCACUGCAGCAGCGUAUGAAUCGUGUCCUCGGCACUCUCGCUGUGGGCGACAAGGUCCCUUCCCUGUCAUUUGACAACCUGCGAGCCGCCACCGCCGACCUCCUGGAGAUGAACCAGGAGGCCUACCAAUUCAUCCUGAAGAACAAGGACAUCAUGAAGAACGCCGACCUCUUCGACCUCAUCGACGACUGCUUCGACGAUUGCCUGCUGACCAUUUACUUCUGCGACACCCUCCAGAGCUGCCUCGAUAAAGCCUCCGAAAGCCAAUCGAUCAUCCGCUCCGUCCUCCGGCGCUUCACGGAAGAUGAUGCGAAAGAAGCAGAUCAAGGUAGAAAGCAGAAAUACGCGAGGACUUUGGACGAAUUGCGUCGAUUUAAGGCGGCGGGCAAUCCGAUCACCAAAGAGUUCUCCCAUCCUUUGUUCCGAACACUUCACAAGCAGCACGAAACGAUGCUGGAGAAGCUCCGCUCGAGAAAGGAGAAUCUCAAAAAGGAGUUGAAGACCUUGACAACGUGGAGGAGAGUAUCCAAGACCAUAUUCGCGUCAGUUUUCGCAGCUGCAAUAAAUUGCUCGGUUGUACUUGCGGUGGCCGCCGCGCGGCCGGUGGCCAUGGCUAUGGGGCUGGCCGCCGCCAUGCCAAUUCCGAUGGGCAACUGGAUUGAUUCCCUGCUGAAAGAAUACCAGAAAUCCUUGGAAGGGGAUGAAGAUGUUGUGAAGUCCAUAGAACACAUCCUCGUUGAAAUGGGCAUGGGUCGUAUUCCGUCGCAGGUGGAGAGGUUGGAGAUGCAUAUCAAAUCUAUGUUGGAGUAUGCCGAUUUCGUGCUCAGAGACGAGGAAGCCGAGAGAUUCAUGAUGGAGAAGAUGGAGAAGAUUAGGGAAAAGCUGAAGGAGCUUACGGGGGGCGUGGGAGAAUUGGCGAAGCAAGCAAAAAGAUGCAGUGGGAGUAUUCGAAAGGCCCAAUUGGAUCUUCAGCGGAUGAUAUAA